GGAAGGGGGCAAGAAAGCACGAAGAGGAAGCCCACGGAAGGGAUAACGACGACGAAGCAAGCUUCCGUGUCCCCUUAGCCCUCCUCUUUGUUCCUUCUAUUAUUCCUUCUCAUCUCCCCCAAUUUAGUCGUGGCCUCGGAUUGUGAAGAUUGAUACCGGAUUCGUUGUCGAGGGCGUGAAGAAAUCGAUAUCAGAUCGGUGUUUUCGGUAAAACUUCUUCGUUCCUCUUUUUCGUUAGGUAUUGAUCUUGAUUCCUUCAAUUGUUGCUGCUAAUCUCUGCUACUCCGUUCUGGUUAUCUGCAAUUUCAAGAACUUACAUUCGAUAGAUGAUGGUGAGAUCCUGGUUAAUCCCCUAUAUUUUGUCCUCCAUUUUUCUUCGAAAGUAGAUUAGAAGCGUAUAUGUUUGAUGAUCAACGAUUUGUCUAAGGGAAGUUGUGAUCUUGUUGAGAUUUAACUUAGAUCGUUAAUUGUCCCUGCAAAUCUGUUUAUUGUUUCCUUUCUUGCAGGAGAUUCCAGUUUUUCAUAGGUUGGGAAGUUGAUUAAUCCGCUACUCUUUUGGUUACUUAACUAACUAGACGAGAUAAGGUUUCGUCCUUCGAAUCUUGGCUGUGUUAGGCUUCUCUACUUUUGCGGUUGUUUCUUCCAAGUUUUUCAGAAGUUACCACGCAAUUUAUGUGCAUUUAUAUGAUGCUACUCUGCAUAUUUAAGAACGCUGAUAAGAUCUUGGACAUUUGGACAUCCGUGUGUUGUAAGAAUAUAUUAAAAGCUAGUAACUUCUAAUGGUAGUUCUUCCAAGUUUUCCAGGAUUGAUGGUAUCAAGGGACUGCGUUCAUGUGUCAUGGUUUUUGGAAUAGGAAAAGCGAAUAUUUUUCUCUCAAAGCUUUCCGUGUAAAGCUUUUGUAUCUCUUGUUUGCUGCUAGAGCAUUACUUGGCUGAUUUAUCUUCAGGGAAGGAGAGUAUACAUUUCUAUGCCAGAUAUUGAGGGAAUGACUCUAAGGAAUGUUUCCCUAUGGAUAAGUUGAAGGAAGCAGAAUAGCUCAUCAAUCCUUUUUAGCACUUCUUUCUGGUGGAUGAUCUUUCACUCUUAAGUAUGGUCGAGAAGUGUCAAUGCUAUGGCCCCAAGUUUUUUCACUCUUAAGUAUGGUACCUGUUGAAGUUCUUCUAAGGUUCUUUAGACUUGCCAUCUGCACACUUUCAACCUUUUCAGAUAAGUUGAUUUUGACUACUAUUGUAGAUUCAUCGUUGGUACUUGGUAGUUGGUACAUACAAAUGAUGCUUUGGCACUAACUUCUCCUUAAAAGUUCUUGUGGUACAGCAUAUCCACCAGAUAAUUGAUAGUGUUUUGGACGUGAAUAUUCAGACAGGUGAGGUGCAUUAGAUUAACUUGACUGUUGCAUCUCCUACACAAUGGUAGAGCAUCUCUCAUCAUAGACUACAUCUGAAAUUUGUCAUUACUUCAGGUGGGGUUCUCUUUUUUCCUUAUAGGUGGUGUUUUUCUAAGGUAUAUAGAGGACAUUAAUAUUUGUGCUUUUCUUGAUUUGUAAUGUCACCCCAACAUAUCCGUCUAUCAAAUCGUAAAUGUUAUUUUCGUUUAUAUGAGGAAGAAUCAAAUGAACAGUUAGUUUGAAGAGGGAUUGCAACAUGACUCUCAUUCAUAGGUCAGGCUUUUUAGGUAAGGUUAUUUGGGCAAAAUUCCUGAUAGUUUUCAACUGAAUUAUAACUGCUGUUGCAGGAACUUUGUUGGCCUUAGGGGUCAUGGAGAAGAGGAUGUCUAUUUAUGGAUCCUUAGUUGCCGAGCCCAUCUGGAGUUAAACAUAUUACAGCAAGACAAUGCCCAGUGCAACAAUCUAUGAUUUGGAGCCUUCACUAUUUGAACUUGAACAAGGCAUUACGUCAAGGUUGUGCUGUAUAACCCUUAGAUGUAGCUUCUCUAUUCUUGGGUGCUACAUGCGGCAUAGAUGACGUCAGUAGCAUUGGUGAUGAUGGUCAUGGAUCAUUAGAUAGAUACUAUGAUGAUUUUGCAAUGAAGACAAUAUAUUAUAUCCAUUUUCUGUGGUUAUCUUCAUAAUCUUUGGCUCUAAGUAUGAAGCAGAGAGAGAGAGAGAGAGCGAGAGCGAGUGAGAGAGGGCAGUAUUCUUUUCAAUCUAAAGACUUCUUUUACUGAUCUAGGCCUGCCAACUCUUUAUGUGAUCCUUCAUUCCCUUGUGCUUGUCUAGAGCUGGAACCAAUUGUUGGGGAAUGCAUGAGUCUAUGAAAAUUUUGUUUAUUCUUCUUUAGCAGAUCUUUUAGGAUGAGGCCUGAUAUUUCUACUGGAUUUUGUGAGGAAAAGUUUGCCCUGGCUUUGAGUUGGUAGGCAUUGGCAGCAAUACUUCCAUAUUUUAAUUGGCAUCAUGUGAUGUUCUGGCCAGGGAUACUUGUGAAGAUUCUGCAUGUGGUUCCAGGGGUAUUUGAAUCCUUCUGCUCCACUGGAUGUGAGGAUCAAUGUUUCUCCUUUUGUCAAUUGUUAACAGGGUUAACAUGACUAGAUCAGAUGGAAGUGAAAGGCCUGAAGACAUCUUGUAAGGAACGUGUCUGUUGGCAUCUGAGCAUCAUUAACAGAAUCACAACUACAACAGCUGCAUGUCAAUUGCUUAAUGACAUGUCGUCAUCUAGUACUGUGGGAUUUAUUGGAGCUGUAGUGCAUUAAGCAGGAUUUUUUUCCCUCAUCAUGUGAACAAUUCCAUGAUGUUUAAGGUUUUGUCACAUUGCUUUUAGUAAUGGUGGCUAGACUUCCUUCUUAUAGGAGGUCUUGUUACUGAUAACUAUUUCAUAUUUCUCUGCCUUUUGUAAUGAUGAGGUAUCAGAUGAUGUAAUUGAGUUUGUAACAGAACUAUGAUAACUGAAGCUAAAUUUGUUGAGUCAUUACUCAUUUGAAAAAUCUACAGAAGGUUAUUUUUUGGAGUUAGAGCAACACAUUACUUGUACAAAGUUGGCAACUUGGCAUUAUCAUCUAUCCUACCAUUUGAUUAAAUGGUGAACAGGAUCUUUGAGGUAUUUAACAAGUCAAAUGAUCUAUGUUAGACAUCCAGAGGAUACAAUUUUAGUCUAUACAUAGCUGUGGCAUUAGAAAGUGGUACUCAUAGCACCAUCCUUGGACUAUUCAGUAUACAGUAUUUGCUCAGUCUGAAGGCUGUGCAGUGACUUGUUCUUAUUCUUAAUUGAAUUGAUUUCAUUCUACUUGUGAUUUGACGCAAACAGCUAGUAUGGAUCAUAGGCACUCAACUAGUCAAACUCAAAUGUCUGAAUUGGAUGACGAGCGAAUUUGGAACCAUCCACAGCAAGAUGGUCUAUUGAACUUGGCUAACAAUGUGGCCUCCAAUGGGGUUAACCCUGUCACUUAUUUCAACCCUACUUUGAGGGCAAAUGGCAUCCAAUCAACAAGUUUUAGUUCUGAGGUUCCGAGAUAUGCAACAACUGUUACAGGAACAUCUCAUGAUCCUUGUAUGCAUCUUCCAUCAGGUGGAAGCACAAGUCAACCUACACACCAUUCUGUUCACCACGGAUCUUCCUAUAACCAGCAUACAUUGAGGGAAGGGAGUAGCAUUGGCAAUCCAUUAAUGGACCAUGAAAGAGCAACCUAUAAAAGGAAAAACCCAGGAAGCUCCAUGCCUCCUGACAGAGGAAACAGGAAUGGAUAUUAUAGUGCUGGAAGUUCUUCUCAGUGCUGGCACCCGUAUCAUGUCAGCUUUGUCCACAGUCACAGGAAUGACAAUGCAUCAAGUUCUCAGGAAGGAUCUCAAAGGAAUGUCAGAAGUCGACGUGGUAAUGCCAUUCACCUAGAAGACAUCUCACCUUGGAUCAGUUCAAGUAGCAAUGGCUCUCAUCAUAAUAAUUCAAAUGCAAAUACUCUGGGCGCUCACAUGGUGGGACACUGGAGCCAUACUCCUGUAUCUAUGCAACCUAAUGCGAGGGUUUCUUCUUCAGAGAUAGGCUCCUUCAAUCAUGGUAUAAACCAGUCUUAUGUAACAAGUCAUGCCACUAAUAAUAACUUGGAGACUGAUGGAUUAUAUAGAUCCAAUCUUACACCUUUUCCAACUCCUGGUCCUUCUGCAAGAGGCCUGGCAUUUGGUCCAAGUGGCUAUGGUCAAAGAACAGCAUACAGAGCCAAUCCGAGCUACCCAUCCAUGGGUUUGGCACCUACUCCUGAAGAUGUCGGGCUGCCAAGGAUGGAACCUGCUGUGCCCCCGAGGUAUUCCACGCCAGUUUCUAUAGCACGACAGAGUAAUGAGAGGAGUGGAAGAAGGAAUCGGUACAACCGAUUCCAAUCAUUCCCAAAUGAGGAAAAUGCCCGAGUUAGACAGAUGGAGGGUGUAGCAAUGAUGGGUCACCCGACCUUGUACGAUCCCAUGCACAUGUUUGAUCAGCACCAUGGCAUGAGACUAGACAUAGAUAACAUGAGUUAUGAGGAACUGCUUGCUUUGGAGGAGAGGAUAGGCGAUGUCAGCACUGGUUUAUCUGAAGACGCCAUCAGAACAAGCUUGUCUGAGACAAUAUAUUGCAUGUCCGAUCGAUUUCAAGAUGGCCAGGAUGAGGAUCGGUGUGCGAUAUGCCUGGAAGCAUACGAUGAUAGAGAUCCUCUUGGGCAGCUGAGCUGCAAGCAUACGUUCCACUCCAGCUGCAUAACGAAAUGGCUAUCGAUCAAGAACGUCUGCCCGAUCUGCAAAGCCUCAGCCUUGGAAGAUACACCGAAAGGGGAAUGAACAGCUGCUAAGUGUCUUCCAGUCAUUCUUCAAAUUUGUAAAUAUAUGUUCUGCGAAGCAUUCAUUAUGUCUAAAUGGGUGCCUGCAAAGUCAAAAGAAAUUUCUUCUGGUGAAUUGCCAGUGAAGCUUUAGUUUCUAUAAUUAUCGAAAUUUAAUGAUCAGUAUUCUGCAAGAUAGUCUUUUAGAAUGAA